GCAACUGGACAACUUUUCCUUUGCACAAGUUUUGAUAAACUCCCCCAUAGUCCCUUACAUGUACAGGGAGGAAACCAUGACUAAAGAAUCAGCAGCAGCUUGUAUGACCCCGGAAACUAUAUUUCCCAUGAUGCCCUCUUACUAACUGGUGACGUUUUGAAAAAACCGGCGGGGGAGUUCCGAAAUGGGCUUGUGGGAAAUGUAGUUGUUAACCCAUAACUUUUCCCGUUGGUUCCUAGUUUGUGGCGCGCGCACAGUGACUACAUUUCCCAUAGUUCCCUCUUAGUGAGCGCCUGUCCGAACCGUGGUUGGUGCUGAACAUUGAUCUUCAAAAGUGAAAGUAUCUUCCUACUCUAGAAAAUGCUUAGUGCUGCUGUUAGGCAUGCAGCCCGUUCUGUCAGGCAUUGCUCUUCCUACGUUAAACAGACACGUUUUCUGUUUGAACUGAAAGAAAAUGAUGAAACCUGUCGCCAAGCUCUGAAAUCUGGAUCUUUCUACCUAUUUCACAAUCUUUCACCGCUUGUUGGAAAGUCUGGAAGCAGUUUCUACGCACCAGCAGUCAGUGGUCCAGAUUUACUGCAGGUCCUCAGAAGUUGUGGAGAAGAAAGGAUAAACUUAGAAGACUCAGUUUUGGUCGGUUGCACUAAUUCAUCUAUUGCCCAGUUUGCUCUGGAUCUUGGGUCUUUUGAAAAGUCUGCCAUUGAAGAAAAAUUUACAGGGAAAUUCACAGACCUAAGGAAAGCUGCUUUGCAAAUAGAUGGAGAAGAUGGAUCUCUGAUAUGUAAGGCACAAUCCCUUUUACGUUGGCAUGAUUGUCAUCAAUACUGCAGCAAAUCAGGGGAGCCAACACAAAAAAAUGUGUCGGGAAGUAAGCGUGUGUGCCAUUCUAAUGGAAUCAUUUACUACCCACAGAUUUCGCCAGUGGUUAUCACACUUUUAUCUAGCGGAAACCGAUGCUUGCUUGCUCACCAGGAGCACUUUCCAGCUGGGAUGUAUACCGCACUUGCAGGUUUCUGUGAAAUUGGGGAGAUGCUGGAAGAAACAGUUCGGAGAGAAGUAGCAGAAGAAGUUGGUUUGGUGGUGGAUACUAUCAGAUAUUCGGGGUCCCAGCACUGGCCAUUUCCUACCAGUUCACUGAUGUUGGCAUGCCAGGCUACAGUCAAGGAUGACAAACUUGAGAUCAACAGAGCAGAGAUAGAAGAUGCCCGAUGGUUUACAUUGGAAGAGGUGAUUGAAGCACUACAAGUGAAGAUGAUGCCUUCUAAAUUACCAGACGGUACUUUGCCAGUCUGGCUGCCUCCGAAGUUUGCCAUAGCUCAUCAGCUCAUACAGGAAUGGGUACAAGAACAGAAAGCUCUACAAAGUUAAAGGGGUUUUCCACCAUAAGGUGAUUUUAGUAUGUACCUGGCAGACAGUAAUGCACAUGCUUAGGAAGGAUCUGCCCUUGUCUUGGGGCUAAAUGGCUAUGUCAUGUGAUUAACAUAACAUAGUGGCUAGCUUUUUGUGAACUGGUAUUUCCGAUAAUUUAUACCGGAAUAUCGGUAUAAGCUAUCGGCCCUAACCUCCACAGAUUAUCGGUAUCGGCCCUGAAAAAUCGAUAUCGGUCGAUCCCUAUUACAAAUCCCAUAAUUUCAUCUUCCUCCCUCCCACACAUCAGCUACCCCACCCAUUGAAACAUAAAUGAGCUGCAUCCAUUCAAAAUACCUGUGUGUUUCAAUUCAGGGUGCCUACAGAUGUUGCAUUAGUUGCAGAUUGAUCUCUCUCCAACCAAGCGAUCGCUCCACCCAUUGAAGCAGACAGGCUCCCUGUCAUCAGCUGACUAGUGAGUCAGGUCUCGGCCGCAUUGCAACCUGGGAAAAAUCUGAGACAACAGUCAUUUUGUAUGCUGCUAAAAAUAAAUAUUGGAGUGAAAAUCACAGAAGAAUUGUGAGAAAACCGUCACACACAGGUGCAGACACUAUAUUAUGAACUACACUAAUUACAGCCACUGUAGCAUUGUCAAAUAAAAAAAAAUCCUGGAAUACCCCUUUAACAUGCAAGAAUAUCGAACAACAUUUAGCAUUACCUAACAUGUCAUUAUAUAAUUAUAAUAAUAAUUAUAAUAUAUUAAAAUGCACUCAUUGAAGUGUAAGUAGCUUGGGUGUUACCAUAUCCUGGGAUUGAAUAAGCCUAUUAAUUAUUAUUUGCAUAUUUGGUUAUUGAAAGCAUUUUAUAGUAACAUUUUAUUAAACCUUACCGGUGACCAGGACAGGAAGCCUAUAGACCUGAUGUAUCACUACAUUGUUGUGGGCUGGUUUCUCAGCAAAAUUUUAGAUCCUGGAGGAGAAGACUAAAUCAGAAAUGUACCUUAUAUACUUUUAUUAUGUGGUAAAAUACACAUUAAAAACAAUGUGCAAUAUAUGUCCCAUAGUAAACUGUGGCCCAUAUUUUUUUUGAUGUAGAGAUCAAAUACACAUCACUUAUUUGUGCAUAUUAUGCAUGAUAUAUGCAUUUGCAAGGUAGCAAAUGGAUUACCUCUAUGGAAUAGAACUAACCCGAAUUACAUUCUGUGUCAAAACACUCAAUUAAAGCGUACCUGUCAGGUCCCCCCCCCCCCCCCAAAAAAAAAAAAAAUAAAUAUAAUAUGUCACUCGGUACCUUAUCCUGACCAUGUACAUCUCAUUUUUAUGCAUCUAUCACCUAUAUUUAUUAUAAAAGUCCCUCUUUUCAUUAGCUCACAGUGUUAGAAAUCCUCUCAUCAGUAGUGGGUGUGUCCCUCCCUUAUGGUGGUGGGAGGUGAUUGGUGUGUCGGCUCAUACAGCCUAGUCCAUGAGUCAUCUCUUUUCCAUGACUCAUGGACAAGCCUGAUGCUGCCACAGGACAGGUUAGUGUCCCAGUAGAUAUGGGGACCCCUAGUGGUGGGAUUUUCUGGAGCCGUUUUCUUUAUUAAAUAUAAAAAAAAAAAAAUUAACAACCACAUUACAAAAGGUGUUUCAUUUUCAUUAGUAACAACAUAUAAAAAGUUUAAAAACAACCCAGUUCAUUAUACUUUUGUUUGAAGUUAUUUUGACAAAAUGGUGUGGCUAGAUGUUACACUGAAGUCUACAGUCUACGUACAAAGUAUUUUGUGGCAUUUUGUGUUGGGGGUGGGGUCAUUGGCCUUUUUUUUAUUUAUUUUUUUUCAAACACAGCUUUCUCUGGGUAUGCUGUUUUGUCUGCCAUUUUUCCCAUAGGCUUUUCUGUAGGCCUUGAAAAAAAUGCCUGUACGCAUGUACAAAAUAACACUACAUAGGCACCACAAGUGAAAGUUUCACUCAUUCAGACAACUGUAAACCAUAUUGGGCCUUUACAUUUUAUACAGCAGUGUCCAGAACAAAUUAGUGAGAUUUUUAUUACUGCAGUUGCAUUACCUACUUUCCUACUGUUGUCUGUCUUUUAUAAUAUUUAUACAGCAUGCCACAAGACAGUAUUUUACAUAUGUGGCUGUCUGGGCUGGUGUAUCCAGCUGAAAGAUAUCUGUGACCUUUUUAUAAAAUUUCACCUGGAAACAUGAUAUGCACAAUAUCACUAUAUUGUACAGUAUAAAUACAGUACAGUAUAUAGCAAUAUGCAUUAAAGAUUGCAAGGUCGGGGAUAAUUUCCAUGUUUCAUCGCUUUCGGACGAUCAGAUUUUUGAAGUGAACAGUACAGUUCUUUUGUCUCACAGAUACUCAUGAGUUUGCCCAUUUUUAAUUUAAUUAACACAGGUAGUUUUUCACUAGCCAGCAAUACCAACAAUAGAGCCAAAUGCCAACCUGUAUUGACCAUGUUACUUCCAACUGUACACAACAUACCUGUCUAGCAGUGACAAACAAAUACAACAGUACAGCAUAACUCUUCAGUAGCAUCAAUCACAACAGUCCAUCACUAAAUACCUUUCCAGUACCGCAAAAUGUCACUGUGCAGUACAAAAUACCUCUCCAGCAUUACAGUGCAGCACAAAAUACCUCUUUAUCAGUGCCAAACACCACAGAAUUCCGCAUCAGUGUAAAAUACCUUUCUAGUACCGCAAAAUAUCACUGUGCAGUACAAAAUACCUCUCCAGCAUUACAGUGCAGCAGAAAAUACCUCUUUAUCAGUGCCAAACACCACAGAAUUCCGCAUCAGUGUAAAAUACCUUUCUAGUAGCGCUAAACACUGCAAUGCAAUACCAAAUACCUCUCAUGCAGCUCAUCACCAGACAAUAAGUCUCCUCCCAGUUUAGAAAGUGCUGAUCUUUACUAACAUUACUGGCAUUAGAAGUUAUCUCUGUGGAUUAAAAUAGGAUAGACACUGGUGCUAUUCUUUAUGCUCUGGAUUAUUUGGUGCUAAACUAAUAUUUUAUUGCGUAUUAUAUUACUUUUAUUCUUUAUUAUGUUUGUAUUUAGAAAUACCUGUACAUGAUGUAAACCCUGAACAUUUUUAAUUGUACCGACUGCUGUAUUUUGCAUUUUAGAACUGAAAUAGGUGCUAACCAAGACAAUGGAGGCUCAAAAACAUAAUAUAUUAUUAAAUGACUUAAAAG